GGAGGUGGUGAGCAAAUACUGCACGGAAGUUCGCCGGCUCGGCUUCAUCCUCCUCGGCUUUGUGUCUCUCAGCCUCGGCCUGGAGCAGGAUUAUAUAAAGACAGCACUAGGCGAUCAAGAGCAGCACAUGGCCAUCAACUACUACCCUCCCUGUCCCCAACCGGAGCUCACAUAUGGUCUCCCAUCCCACACUGAUCCCAACGCCCUCACCAUUCUCCUCCAAGACCCUGUCGUCCCCGGCCUUCAAGUCCUCCGAGCCGGCAAGUGGAUCGCCGUCCAACCCCAUCCUGACGCCUUUGUCGUCAACAUCGGCGACCAGCUGCAGGUAUUUAUCCAACACUAACUCUCCAACCAUAUGGAGUUGGCUAAUU